AGAAGGCUACUCGCUGUGGGCAUAAACACGGAGAGAACCGCUUCUACUACAGCCAUGCUGCUGCCAUUGCCAACCUGUGGGUCUCUUGCAGACCUGUGACCAGCUUGCCAGCCUACCAGAGUGCACCCAAAAAACAGAAAACACAACCACGCUCAUCUCUUCUCUCCUUUUCCCCACACACCUCAUCAAACACCCGUCACGAUGCUCUCGAGAAGACUUGUCGCGACUGCGCGCUCCGUGCCACUGCGCCGGUACCAGCCGCGCUCGCUGCCGCUGCAGCUUCCCCAGAUGAUGCAGCACGUCCGCAGCUAUGCCGAUAAAAUCGUCCAAGUGCCACAGAUGGCCGAGUCCAUUUCCGAAGGUACCCUGAAGCAGUGGUCGAAGCAGGUCGGCGACUUUGUCGAGCAGGAUGAGGAGAUUGCCACCAUCGAGACUGACAAGAUCGAUGUUGCUGUUAAUGCUCCCGAGGCCGGUACGAUCAAGGAAUUCUUGGUCAACGAGGAGGACACCGUCACUGUCGGCCAGGAUAUCGUCAAGAUGGAGCUUGGAGGUGAGAAGUCCAGCUCAAGCGAAUCCAAGCCUGCCCCAGAGAAGAAGUCGGAACCCGAGUCAAAGCCAGAGUCCAAGUCAGAAUCGAAGCCGGAACCCAAGAAGGAGGCGCCCAAGGAUGAUGCACCCGCCAGCAAGCCCGCUGCUCCGGCAAAGGAGACGUCAAAACCUGCCCCUGCUCCCGAGAAGGAGUCGGCAACCAGCGCUGCUCCGACGUUUGGCAGCCGUGAGGAACGUCGUGUGAAAAUGAACCGCAUGCGCCUCCGAAUCGCCGAAAGACUCAAGCAGUCGCAGAACACAGCGGCCUCGCUUACCACCUUCAACGAGGUUGACAUGUCCUCCCUUAUUGAGUUCCGCAAGCUUUACCGCGAUGACGUCCUCAAGAAGACUGGUGUCAAGCUUGGUUUCAUGAGCGCCUUCUCUCGCGCUUGUGUCCUGGCCAUGCGCGAUAUCCCAGCCGUCAACGCCUCCAUCGAGGGCCCCAACGGCGGCGACACGAUUGUGUACCGCGACUACGUCGACAUCAGCGUUGCGGUCGCUACUGAAAAGGGUCUCGUCACCCCUGUCGUGCGCAACACUGAGUCUCUGGACAUGCUCGGCAUCGAGAAGGCCAUUGCCGACAUGGGCAAAAAGGCCCGCGACAACAAGCUGACGAUCGAGGAUAUGGCUGGCGGUACCUUCACCAUCAGCAACGGUGGUGUCUUUGGCUCGCUGAUGGGCACGCCCAUUAUCAACCUUCCUCAGACUGCCGUCCUCGGACUCCACGCAGUCAAGGAUCGCGCAGUGGCCAUCAACGGCAAGAUCGAGAUCCGCCCCAUGAUGUACCUGGCGCUUACCUACGAUCACCGCCUUCUUGACGGAAGAGAAGCCGUUCAGUUCUUGGUCAAGGUCAAGGAGUACAUUGAGGAUCCCAGACGUAUGCUUCUGUAAGGGGAGCAGCGCUUUUUUGCGUUGAAAUACAGCAUACACAUGAUUGAGCAUUGCGACGAUUGGGAAGAGCCAUUGUACUACUACAUACUAAACUAAGACGGAAUGCGACACUAGGGUUUCUGGGAGUGUUCAUUUUGCCAAUGAGUGAUCUGUACACACGAUGCUCGUGGUCAUCAGGCCGAAGCGGGUGGGAGUAAUGGUCUCAAUGGAGCUAUCUUACGAAUACAGAAAGCGGUACGCAGUAGUUUGAAAGCAUCGUAUAGACCAAAAAAAAAGGCUCGCGAUUACAGACAAUUGCGUAUCUAUGAGAUUGGGGUUUCAAAGACCAUAAGAAACUACUCAAACAAUAAAGAUUCAGACGUAUCGAUCCAUCAUGACGAAAUUGCAUGUUACGCUGGGCACAAGUGCCGCCUUUCCGUGUGUUCC